AUGGUUCAUGAGUUGGACGAUUUUUUUGAGGUGGUAACACAGGACGCCGAUCUAGCCUCAGGAUCAGCGAAGUCGUAUCCAAUUGUUGUGUGCAAAACGGUGAACGGGUUGGUUGAUUACGUGAAAGCCAGGCGAAAUGUAGACAGUUGUCGAAUUAAAAUCGGCAUAGACGGUGGGCAGGGAUCAUUGAAGAUAUGUUUAAACGUAGAAGAAAGCUCAGAUGAACGCAACGUGAUCAAUGACUCGGGUGUCCGGCGAUCACUAAUUCUUGCACUCGCCCCCAACGUUUCUGAAAAUUAUUGUAAUGUUUCAAAGAUUUGGAAUCUACUGAAACUACAAACUUUGGAAGCUUUUGUAACAGGUGAUCUUAAAAUCAUCAAUAUUUUGGCUGGGGUUAUGGCGAAUAGCUCUACAUAUCCGUGUGCUUAUUGCACUUCAAGCAAAUCUGACUUGGGUGAAAAGAAGGGGCUGUUACGCACAAUUCGUUCGAUAAGGAGAAACGCUGACCUCUGGACUCGAAAUGGAGGUAUCAGGAAAAAUGCCAAAAAAUUUUUAAACUGUGCACACGACCCUCUGCUCGAGGGAGAAGAGGAGGACACAAUACUGUGCAAAUGCCCCCCGCCAGUGCUGCACAUUUUCCUGGGGAUUAUAAAUCGGAUAUUCAAUGCUGUUGCGAAAGAUUAUCAGAUGGAAUCAGAAGCUUGGGCAUCAGCGGCCAACGCAACUCGCCAUUCCCAAUUUGGUUUUGCUGGACGUCACUGCCGGAAUCUGCUAGAUAAAAGAAAUAUUCUGGCAAGAGGACCAGCAGAUAAAUAUUUCAAGUUACUGGACAGCCUACAACGUGUCGUAGAUUCAUGCUUUGGUGUAGCUCUAUUGAGCUAUUAUACAAAGCCAUCGAGACAUUCUGUAAUGGUUGGAUCAACGCAGGAUUACCUUCGACACCAAAAUUUCACAUUCUGA